AUGGUUUGCCCGAAAGUUUUUGUCUUCCUGGCUGUGUGCCUCAUAGCUGGCACAGCAAAGGCUGCUGUUAUACGCAAUGGUUCAGAGGAGGAAAUGAAGGAUAAGAUGGAGGCGACAACAAUGGAUACGAUUACGGAGCAAAUGGAUGUAACGACUCAAGCAUCUCUAACUGAUGACAUCAAGGAGAUGGAGGAGGAGAUGACAACCACUUCGCCCGAAUCAUUGGGGGCUUUGACGCGAGAUGAGGAAGCUACAAUUCUAAUUGUGGAUCAAACUCUAAUGGAUUCGUCACCCUCGGAAUCAAAACAAACUCCUGAACAUUCAGUGCAAGAGGAGAAAUUCGGUAAAUUGUUGCUGUUGAGUACUCCGAAAUUGGUGGAGAAACCCAAAUUGCCGGAAGAGAAUUUCGAAGAAUCUGAAGAAUUGGAUACCUCAGAAAAUAGCACAGAUGCCACCACUGUUGAAACCACAACCGUCGAUGAGAGUUUAGACGAAGAGGUGACUACUUUGGCUCCAGAAACUAAAGAAGACGCUGAAAAAGAACAAAACGAAGAAGUACCCGAAGUUACAACUGCUGUACCUACAACAAAAUUAUUUCCCAUCAAUGACACUCUCUAUGAAGACACCAAAAAGGAUUCCAGCAACACUGAAGAGAAGGUCGAAAGCACCCCUGUUGUGGUAGUGAUGGAUGAACAACCCAAAGAGGUUAAGAAUUCCAAAUUGGAGGCAAUUGUUUUGAGCGAAAGUGAAUCGGAUUAUGUUUUGGUCGAUACAGCCGAUACUGAAAUUAUCGAGGAUGGUGGUGUCUAUGCCGAUGUUGACAGUGAUUUACAUCUGCAGCCAAUUGUCCAGUCUGUGGAAAUUGUACCCAGCAGUGUGGAUGAUUCACUUUUGGUCAAUUACGUUCAAAAUUGGUAA